AUGGAAGACGAAGAAAAUUCUCAAAUAGAUCGUAAUACAGAUAAUGAAGAUGUUGAUCAAGGAAUGGAUAAUUGUCGAUGGUUUUUUUUAGUCGAAUUACAUGAAGUCUUUUCAAGAUUUAAAGAUGAUCCUAAUGAUGAUUUUAUUAAUAUUAAUCGUUUGACUCAAGUUUUACAAGCACUUGGUAGGAAUCCUUCAUUAAAAGAUUCUGAACAAAGAAUAAAUGAACUUGAAGCAGAUGGAAAAUUUGAAUUAACAUUUGAAGAUAUUUUACAAAUAGCCGAAGAAUCAUGGACAGUAAUUAAUAAUGAUCCUAAUGGUCUUCGUCAAGCUUUAGAAAAAUUUGAUUCAACACAAGAAGGUUAUAUUGAUAUUGAUAAAUUUCGAACAAUAAUGACAACACUUGGUGAACCAUUAACUGAUGAAGAAUUAGAUGAUCUUAUUCAAUUAGGUUUAAAUGAGGAACAAACAAAAAUAAAUAUUAAUUAUUUACUUGAUCAAUUACUUGGCAACAAUACAUAA